AUGGCUUCCCAUCCAGAGAACCUCUCGGCGGUGGAGAAGGCCGAAGUGGUCGAGGUUGAGAAGAUCGCUGUUAUGGAUACAGGACACCUAGAAUCCUCCAACGCCAGUGAGCUAGAUGAAUCGAUCAAGAAGCAAGAAGCGAGGACAACGCGGAAAGUGGACUUCCGACUCGUCCCCAUUCUCGGCGCGUGCUACGCCAUCAGCGCCAUUGAUCGUAUCAACAUCUCGGCCGCUCUCAUCGCCGGCAUGGACAAAGAACUUGGGUUCAAAAUCGGCGACCGCUACUCCAUCGCCCUGCUCAUGUUCUUCAUCACAUACUUCCUCUUCGAGAUCCCGAGUAACAUUGUGCUGCGGAAGGUCGGCGCUGCAAAUUGGCUCUCUUUCAUUUGCUUCGCGUGGGGCGUCGUCAUCCUAGGUGCCGGCUUCACCCACCACUGGUGGGAAGUCGUCAUCCUCCGAGCCGUCCUCGGCCUCUUCGAAGCCGGCUUCUUCCCCGGCUGCGUCUACCUCAUCUCCUGCUGGUAUACACGCUACGAGGUCCAAAAACGCCUCGCCUUCUUCUACGCCAUCAACAUCCUCGCCAACGCCUUCGGCUCCAUCCUCGCCUACGGCAUCAUGGGCCUCAGCGGCAAAGCAGGAUACCUGGGUUGGCGCUGGAUCUUCAUCAUCGAAGGCCUCAUGACCGUCUCCCUGGCCCUCCUCGGUCGCCUCCUCAUUGUCGAUUUCCCAGAUAAAGUGCACGAGUCGCGCAUGCCGUUCCUGAAACCCCACGAGGUGAAGCUCGUGCAGGAGAAACUGGAUCGAGACCGUCAGGAUGCAGAGUUCGACAAGUUGACGUGGGAGAAGUUUGUCGAUGCGCUGAAGCGGUGGGAGUUGUGGUUUUUUUCGAUGCAAUUCUUCGCCGUCACCACCAUCGUCUACGCCCUCGCCUUCUUCAUCCCCAUCAUCCUCGCCGGCAUGGGCCACACCACAAAAAUGGUCUUCCUGCUGAGCGCCCCGCCCGCCUGCGCCGCCGUCCCCUACGUCCUGCUCAUCAGCUGGGUCGCCGACCGAACAAAAAUGCGCUCCCCCUGGAUCAUGCUGCAGGCCGCGCUCGGCGUCGCGGGCCUCAUGAUCGUCGCGUACGCGAGGAAUAACGGGGUCAGGUACUUUGGCAUCUUCGUGGGGCUCAUGGCGGCGAAUAGUAAUAUCCCGAGUUCGUUGGCGUGGCAGGCGAAUAAUAUCCGCGGCCAGAGUUUGAGGAUGGUCGCGUCAGGACUGCAAGUCGCCUUCGGCGCCAUCGGCGGCAUCUUCGCCUCGACCACCUUCAUGCAGCACGAGGCGCCGACGUAUCGCACGGGACUGUGGGCCGUGACGGGGUGCCAGCUGUUCAUCCUCGUCGGGUCGGCGCUCAUGGUGCUGCAUUAUAGGAGGAGGAAUGCGCGGGCGGAGAGGGGCGAGGUGGUGCUCGAGGGGUUGGUGGGGUUUCGGUAUACGUAUUAGCUUUAGCUUUAGUAGGCGGAAUGGGUAUUGGGAACUGGGGUGUUGGCUAACUUUUUGAUGUUUGAUGAUGGAUGGAAUGGGCAUAUAGUCUGGUACUGCUCUGCUCUGGGAGGACGAGACAGAGUGCAGAGUGCCGAGGGGAUUGGAUAGUGACGAACCUUGAUGAUAUCCAACACGCUUGUAAAUGCACACAUGGGAUUUUGUAAACCCUCGCUUUUUGUCGUCGUCCAAGUCGUUGAAACCUUAAAUUGACGUUUCCCGGACAAUCCCCGAAAACAGGCUGUCAUCGGAUUUGCGGAAAGGAGCCUAUGCAUCCCGCCUCCUCCAACAAGAGAUAUACUUGCAAAACCACACUCGAGAUUGGUACUCGAGUAAUCAGGCUAAAGGGACUGCGGGAAGGUGGUAU